GUGGGUUAUAAAGGCAGCCCGGAGCCCACGGCUGCUGCUGCUGCUACAGUGUGACCAAAAUUAGCCAACAUAAUGGGGAAGAUCACUUUCUACGAGGACAGAAACUUUCAGGGCCGCUCCUACGAGUGCAGCAGCGAGUGCUCCGACCUGCACUCCCACUUCAGCCGCUGCAACUCCAUCAGGGUGGACAGCGGAGCCUGGAUGGUCUACGAGAAACCCAACUACAUGGGCUACCAGUACUUCCUGACGAAGGGCGACUACCCAGACUACCAGCGCUGGAUGGGAUUCAACGACUGUGUCCGAUCCUGCCGCAUGAUCCCCAAUCACCAAGGGUCUCAUAAGAUAAUGAUCUACGAGCGGCCGGACUUCGGGCGGCAGAUGAUGGAGCUGACCGAGGACUGCCCCUCUCUCUACGAGCGCUUCCAUUAUAAUGACGUGCACUCCUGCAACGUGACGGACGGCCACUGGCUCUUCUACGAGCACCCCCAGUACCGGGGGCGCCAGUACCUGCUGCGCCCGGGUCAGCACAGGAGCUUUCAGGAGUGGGGGAGCGUUAGCCCCCGGGUCGGGUCCAUCAAGCGCAUCACAAUGUGAGAAUGUUUGUGUGAAACGCCACGAAUAAAGUCAAUUAACCUAA